AUGAAGAUGGAUAUUUUAGUCAUGGAAAAUUUGUUCUAUGAAACUUCUGUUAAAAUGGUGUUUGAUUUAAAAGGAUCCAUGAGAAACAGAUACGCUGAGAAGUCUGGGAAAGAUGUUGAGGUGUUUUUGGAUGAAAAUUUAGUUGAAGGUUUUGACGAGGAAACAAACCAGAUUAUUGUUGGCAUAGUUGAUUUUAUUCGAACAUUUACAUGGGACAAAAAGCUGGAGAGUUGGGUGAAAGAAUCCGGUAUGCUAGGCGGGGGUAAAAAAGACCCUACCAUUGUUUCCCCAAAAAUGUAUCGAAGACGAUUCAGAUCUGCUAUUGAUUUGUAUUUCUGUAUGAUACCCGACUUUUGGACUUUGUGUCUCGAGUAA